CCCCCCUCCCCUUCUCGGCUUCAUUUAUUGCGACAUUACUCGCAGUAGCCGAGUCGCAGAAACCUUCACACACGUGGGAACGGCACCGAUGCUACUUCCGAUGAAUGGAUUCAAGAUCGAAAGCUGGCCAGGUUCAAUCUCCGGCGCGCCUUAAAUCCUGAGCCCGACUGCCUUCGCUUCUCCUCACCGUCUCUGUGAAGACAACGAGGCCAGUGCUCUUGCUUUCCAGGUUCAAGAUGAGAGGAGAGUUGGAGACGGUGGAAGAUGAUGAUCGUGUAAGGACAGGGACGCUGUGGACUGCAACGACUCAUGCUGUUACUGCCGUAAUAGGAUCUGGGGUGCUUGCGUUACCUUGGAGUGUUGCUCAAAUGGGAUGGAUCAUAGGCCCUAUUGUUCUUCUUGCAUGCUCCUAUGUGACUUACUAUACUGCUAUCCUACUCACAGAUUGCUACAGGACACCUGAUCCAGUAAAGGGAAGGAGGAACUACACAUACAUGGAUGUUGUUCGAUCUUCCCUUGGUCCAAAAAAUGUGUUAUGUUGUGGUUUUGUACAAUAUGCGAUGCUAUGGGGAACUAUGAUAGGAUACACUAUCACGGCUGCAACAAGCAUGAUGGCAGUUGUGCGUUCAAACUGCUACCAUUACAAGGGUCAUGAUGCAAGCUGCAGUGCAUCAGGAACACUCUACAUGAUCAUAUUUGGCAUGGUCGAAGUCGUAUUAUCACAGUUCCCAAACUUGGAGAAGAUUACAAUAAUCUCAGUGGUAGCUGCAGUCAUGUCGUUUGCUUACUCUUUGAUUGGGUUGUUCAUGUGUAUCGCGAAGUUUGCUUCUCAUCAUGCAAUUAGAGGGACAGUCCUCGGUGUCGAAGUUGGCGUUGAUGGUGUUUCUGCAUCAACCAAAACCUGGCAUGCAUUGCAAGCUCUUGGAAACAUAGCAUUUGCAUACACUUAUGCCAUGCUUUUGAUAGAAAUCCAGGAUACACUGAAAUCACCACCUCCAGAGAACCAGACAAUGAAAAGAGCUACCUUCUAUGGGAUCGGUGUUACAACGAUCUUCUAUGUGUCUCUCGGUUGCAUAGGUUAUGCUGCUUUCGGAAACGACGUCCCCGGGAAUGUCCUCACCGGAUUCAAGGAACCAUUUUGGCUCGUUGACAUUGCUAAUAUUGCUGUUCUCAUUCAUUUGGUUGGGGCCUUUCAGGUGUACGGGCAGCCCAUCUAUGCCAAGUACGAAGGCUGGCUAGCGAAGAAGUGGCCAGAAUCAGCCUUCUUCCACCAUGUAUACACAUUUAAGCUUCCUUUCCUCAAAGGUCCAGCGAUCCGCUUUACCAAGUGCAGGCUUGUUUUCCGAACGCUCUUCGUUGUCUUAACGACAUUGGUAUCCCUCAUGCUACCCUUCUUCAAUGCAAUCCUUGGGUUACUGGGGGCAAUCGCAUUCUGGCCAUUAACAGUAUACUAUCCGAUCACUGUAUACAUAGCCCAAGCCAAGAUCAAGCAAUGGCAACCAAAAUGGGUGAUCUUUCAGUGCCUGAACAGCCUAGCAGUCAUAGUUUCGGUAUUGGCCGCAAUCGGAUCGGUUGCUGACAUCGCCAACCGCCUCAAGCAUGCGACCAUCUUCAAGAUUGAACUUUAAGGUUGUAUCACAAGAUUCACUUGCUAUUAAGUUUGUGUACCGGUCCUGGACGUGUUUAGCGUUCACUGUUCAGUAGGUGAUUGCAUUGACUGCUUGUAUGGCCAAGGUUGACUAUGCAUUUAAAUCUACCUAACAAUAAAACAGCAUUUGCGAAUUCUUGUGAACUAAACAAACAGACUAGUAUGGACACACCAUUGAGCUCGUUACCUACAGCUCAGUCGACUCGGUCUUGUAUUAAAUUUUUAUGACCAUGCCCUGGCCAAUUUUGACCUUCUUCAAUUUUCUAAUAUAAGCUAACCCAUCUCCCACUAUCUCCCACUGCCUCCUCUGCCUGUUCCAUACAUUCCUCUCCACAGUUCCAUCCCAAACCACUCCCACCAUUUUAAUUACUUUCUAGAUCCAUCACCACACCUCCUCCACUUCAUCUCCUCCGCCAUGGACGGCCACUACUCCAGAUUUGCAGUCAUCGCGACCACGGAGCAAAAGUCCAUGGAUUUCUCAGAGCCAGAGCAUGGACCCAAGCUCCAAGAUCACUUCCCACGGCCGCAAAUUGAGGAGAAGAAUGGCCGAGUGGCACUUCGAAGGAGCUUCUCGUCUUCCUCCCGGAGGUUUGUCGGCGGCGACAGCUCCGCCACACUUCAGGCCGCUGUGAAAAGGGCCUUCUCCAUGAGAAGGUCCUCCUCCGUCAGGGAGGGCUACUCGAGGAUUCAUGACGAAACCGGCGAGGAGGAGGAGGAAGAAGGCGACGGAGGGUUCACCGAGCAGCAGCAGCGGCAAGGGAGCAACCACAGCGAGCAGAGGAAGAAGAAGAAGAAGCAGCGGCCGGGGAAGUUCUUGAGGACUUGUAAGAGAAUCUUUGGAUUCUAGCAACGGAAGAAGUCUUGUUAAUCAUAAUUGCCCAGCUUUAUUUCAGUAAUUUGGUGCUUAAACUCAUGAUCAAGUUAUCCUACAAUAUAUUUCAAGGUUUUUGUUUUAAAUAA